UACAAACACUACCAUCUACCUACAUACAUAUAUUAUGGAACGCCAACAACAACAAGUAGCGCCAGUAGCAGAAGAGCAACUAGACAUCGAGGACAGCAUGAAGCAUUGCUUUGAGAACCUUAUUGUCAUCGAUGUAGGCGCAAAUUUGACCAACAAGAAGUAUAGUCGUGAUCUGGAUUCCGUUGUUCAAAGAGCAAGAGACGCAGGUGUUCAGAAGCUAAUGGUACACGGCACUUCGGUCAAAUCGAGCAAGGAAGCGUUGCGCCUAUCGCGUAUUUACCCCGACAUUAUCUAUUCGACUGCUGGCAUACAUCCUCACGACUCAAAGUCGAUUGUGGAGGAGCCGUCCACAUGGUUCGACUUUGAGCAUAUUGCACAGGCGCAGGAGUGCGUGGCGAUUGGUCCAUGUGGCUUGGACUAUCAGCGCGAUUUCUCCGAGCCAGAUGUGCAGAAACAGAUAUUUGCCAAGCAACUGCACUUGGCAAUUCAUCUAAAGAAACCUCUGCUGAUACACGAGCGAUCGGCUCAACAUGAUGUACUCGAAAUACUCGACACGUUCGAGAAUCUACCGCCAGUUAUCAUCAGAGGUUUCAUGGGCACCGCUGAGGAGGCGCUCAAGUAUCUAGAUCGCAGAUUCUAUAUCAGCCUAACUGGGUACUUGUGCAAGGAUAAAUCUGAUACAGGUGUGCGCCGCUUGCUCGAUAAUGGAACUUUGCCAUUGGACAGGCUGCUGGUGGAAACUGAUGCUCCAUUUAUGUAUCCCAAUACUCGAGCAUCCAAGCUGCCACAGCAUGUAAAAAGUGGCAUUACAGAACGUUCGUUGUUGUAUUUACACAGAUAUUGCACCUUUCAACGCAACGAGCCCUGCAGCUUGCCAGCAAUUGUGGAAAUGAUAGCUGCUUUUAUGAAGAAAACACCGGACGAGGUCGCCUUGGCCACUGCCUUUAAUGCCUUAAAGCUGUUUGGCUUAUCCUAAGUAUGGUGCAAGCGGCCUAAUAUAUAAAUAACUCAUCGAGCCUGAUAUUCACACGAGAGACUCACACCAUGUGCCUUAAAUACUAAUCGAAUUCAGGAUGUGCUAAACCCUGAGAACAUAUAUAUAUGCAAGCGAACUACACACUCAAACUCACACAACUACGACGCAUUCGCAUGCGACUUGCAUGAAAUACUUCAUAAUUCU